CGUGAUCUCGCUGAGAAAGGCAUCAUCACUCUUCCUCCCAGUCUACAUACGGAUCUAAAGCAAGAACUUCCAGUUAUAAAUGAGGCUUCCGAAGAAAGUGAAGACGAUUCAGAGUUAAAAGACGAUGAUGUGACCCCAACUGAGGAUAGUUUUGCGGAUGUUCCAUUAGAUCUGGUAUCUGACCUUGCAGCAGAGGAGAAACUUGACAGGCGAGGUGGAUUUAAAACGAAUAAAUCGUUCGAAAUUAGAAGAUUACAAGCCAAGGCUGAGAGACUGAAAGAAGAUAAGAAACGAGCAUUGUUUGGAACCAGGUUUUCUAAACUCAAAGCAAGAGGUGAACACGGUAGUCACAUGAAACUGCAACACCAUGAGACACAUCUAGCAGGGAGAAUGGCAUCGCUGAAAAGCUCGUUGAAGCCACCAACUAUGCAAGCCACAGAUGAGACAGGCAGAGGUAUACUAAAAUCACCAAGCCCACAACAUGGUAAACAGAAAUCAUCUGUUCGGAUCAGAGACCCUGAGUUUGAGUAUCAAGAAUACACUGAUGUGGAGUUGGGGACAAGUUCCGAAGACAGUUUGCGACCAAACAGUUCAAUGUCGUUCUCCGAGUACAGCAUUGGAUCAGAUGAGUCAAGUGAAGGAUCAUCUUUUAGUGGGGGCAGUUUUGGAGCUGCCUAUAGACCAUAUACUGCUGAGGAAGAAGAAGGUUCCCCACGAGGCAGCGCGCUUCACAGACUUUAUGAUGAAAUAGACCAACUAAACCCGUCACGUCUGGAUUUUCAUAAUAAUGAUGUUGUCAGUGAGACACCAAGAAGAGAAUCAAAAUCACGCGGCACAAAACGUGGACGCAUUGAAUCUGGAACAUCCAGAGUCACGACAAGAUCAAGUUUACAUCUUACACCAGAACAUCAUUACCCUCAACUCCAGAACCCACCAUACCAAAUGCGAGGUUAUGAUGAAAGACCGAUGCCUCUAUUUGACUCUAUGAGACAUGAACGUAAUUUGCUUCGAUCACGAGAUUCACAGAAACCUGACAUGGAGCGACCUGAAAGCAGAGUUGGUGAAGUUAUUCGACCAGAUACCUCACUGUCGUUGGAGAAUGAACGGGGCAGUCCAAACCGAUUGUGGUCAAGAGAAAGUCACAGAAAACAUGGAAAAUACAGAAAUUCACAUUCUAGGUCAACUUCCCGUCACCAUAGGAAUCAUAACAGACCGACACCUGGUUCAAUGGCAUACCAGAACAUGUCAGUUGCAUUUGGUCCGAACAUUUACCCGAUGGUUGACACACAAGGUGUGGGUAGAUAUACAGAAGCAGAAUGGAGGCGUAGAGUAGAAAAGUUCUUUGCGGCUUCUACAUCAACCAGACAAGCAAGAAGAAAAGUUCGCAACAAACAGAAAGGUGAGGCAGCUCUAUCUGCAACAGAAUUACCAAAAGCUGAAGAAAAAUCGAAGAAACAUAAAUGCUGGGGCAGGUGUCCUGGCUUCUAUCAUCUGCUAGACUGCAGCAAAAAAUCUCUGAUUAGCAGUCUACUGUGGAUAGCAAUACCAACAAUACUAUGCACAGUUACUCUUUUUGUGGUGCUGUUUCUUGCUAUUGGACUUUACGAUCUAGAUGAGGGCGUUCCAUCACCUGCAGUGACAAAUUCAUCAGGCGUUACACAACCAGGAAUAUAAGGCUGGUUACAGCCAGCCUCUGUGUUUAAGAAACCCAUAUGUUCGGUCUUGCUUAGGGCACCAAAGGAAGUGCAGAAUGGAAUGAAAGAAGACAAAGGGAAUGAAUUUUGCUGCUCUGUUGUAUUAUACAAUUGUACACGAUGCGUUAAAUCGGCAGUGAAUGGUGUUUCCAAAAAAUUAAGAUUUUGUUGCCAAAGAAAGAAUGUGAA